AUGAAACACCUAAGUUGGAACUGUCGGGGGCUUGGGAACCCCCGUGCAGUUCAUGAUCUCUGCUUGCUGGUCAGAGAAAAGAAACCCAACUUAGUUUUUCUCAUAGAGACAAAACUAAGAACAUCAAAAUUUGACUCAAUUAAAAGGAAACUUGGGUUUGAUUGUUGUUUUCCUGUGGAGCCUUCGGGAAAGAAGGGAGGGUUAGCUAUGUUGUGGAAGAAAGAAUAUGCGGUUCAGUUGGUGAAUUACUCACAGCAUCACAUCCAUAUGUUAGUUACUGAGGAGGAGGAUCAGCAGCAGUGGUUUUGCACUGGUUUUUAUGGUCAUCCAGAAACUAGUAAAAGAAGCAGUACAUGGAAUCUACUCUCUAUGAUUAGACCAAGUUUUAACCAAGCUUGGUGUGUCAUGGGCGAUUUUAAUGAGAUAUUGGCUUCAAAUGAAAAAUGGGGUGGCAGACAAAGACCUGAAAAACAGAUGGAGGAAUUUAGGCAUGCUGUGCAUUGUAAUAAUCUACAUGAUUUGGGCUGGAAAGGGAGUUUGUUUACCUGGAGCAAUAGACAACAAGGCCUUCAUUAUACAAAGGAAAGAUUAGAUCGUGUCAUAGCUAAUCCUCCAUGGAUAAACAUGUUUAAGAGGUUAGCUGUGGAAACUUUAGCUGCCAGAAGAUCAGAUCAUAGACCAAUUUUGUUGACCUGUUAUAGAACUGGUUUCCCAACUAUGGUUAAAAGUCAUAAGUUUAUGUUUGAGGCUAAAUGGACUAAGGAUGUGGAAGGGGAGGAUGUUGUUAGAAAAGAAUGGAGAAGGGUGACAUGUGGGCAGGAUGGGUGGGGACAAAUUAAGGAAAAACUCAAGGCUUGUGCUCAAGUGCUCACGAGGUGGAAUAAGGGAAAGAAGGUGGACUGUGAAAAGGAAAUUCUAGACAAAACAGAAGAACUAAGGAAAUUGCAAGAUGUGGAAGGCCCUUUGAAUAUAGAUCCUGUUAAAAAUUUACAGAAAGAACUGGAGUUUUUGUUAGAACAAGAAGACAUUAAAUGGAGGCAAAGAGCUAAAGUGAACUGGUAUCAUGCUAGUGAUAAAAAUACCAGGUUUUUUCACCUUUGUGCAACUCAUAGGCAUAAGAAGAACUAG